UGUGACGAAAAGAGCGAUGAGUCUCAAACUUGGAUUAUUUCGUUUAUUUCGUUGACUUCUCAUUCCAACCGCAAUUGAAUUUUUUUUCUCAAACUUAGCUUUACAGAUACAAAUCAUCGCUGCAUUUUAUUUAAAUAAGGACUAAUAUAAGUGGUAUAUAAGUGGUAUGAGGCCGUGUGCACGUGCUCAUGUCAUACUGGUUGUUAGUACUUGUAAAGAACAUAUAUAUUCUUUUAUAUAUUCUUUAUUGCUUAAGACAUAUGUCUUAUUACAUCAAUUUCAUAAAUACAUGUACAUAAAAAUUACAUUGUAUGGCAAUGUACUAAUUCAAGCAAGCAACGGAGAAUGACUUAAACAAGGUUUUCUCGCAACUUAAGUGCAAGACAUAAAUGCAAGGUAAAGAUAACGAACAGUGAUCAAUCUCAUAACUCCUACAAGCAAUACAAAAUAGAUAGUUGGGCAAACACGGACCCCUGGACACACCAGAGGUGGGAUCAGGUGCCUAGGAGGAGUAAGCAUCCCCUGUUGACCGGUCAUACUCGCCGUGAGCCCCAUAUCCUGAUCAGGUAAACGGAGUUAUCCGCAGUCAAAAUCAGUGUGCCAAGAACGGCUUAACAAUCGGUAUGAAACACGUCAGACAGUAUUCCCUAAAUUACAAAGUUCGUGUACAUUAUGAACACUUAAUAAUUGUACAAAUUUUAAAAGAGAUUGUUUUUGCCAAUAAUUCUUUUUGAUAUAUUUAUGUCGAAAUUCCUCGUAAUGAGGGCAAAUUAAUAUAAAGUGGUAUUCGUCCUCAAUGUCAUUUUUACAAAAUUUACAUACUCUGUGUUCUCUAGGUAUAUUGUUAUGGCGGCCUGUUUCAAUUUCAAGAUUAUGAGAGGAUAGUCUAAUUCGACAAAUGUGUCUUUUAUACAUAUUAGGUAUAGAUUUACAAAGGUAAUAUUGUAACGAAAAGUUAUCAAUAACAUGUCUGUAAAUAAUACACUUUGAAGAACAAUUAAUUUGUUCAGCUAAACUUUGAAUACACAUAUCAGUCAACCUCUGUUUUAUAAUAGGAAAGAAAAGUUUAGAAGUUGCAUUCUCCUGAUCACACCAAAUAUAUCCUAACCCUAUAUCGUACAAUUUUUGUUUAAUGCAAUAGGCCCAGUUUUUGCUACAGUUUUUCAUUCUAUCACAGUUGUAAUAUAAUUCAUCGUAACAAUUUCUAAUUAUACAAUUUUCACUACGCAACAAAUGAAUAUGAUAGAGGUGCCCUCCAAAUAGUUUUAGAAUAUGACUGAUUGUGUCUUGGAUUUAAUAUACGCACUGAGCCUGCGCACAGGACUUCGGAAUCUAGUAAUUGAGGAAUAUGUCCAACUCUUGUUCUUUCAGCGUUAUAAAGUCAACAGGCUAAACUAUUUCUUUAGUGGGUAGUUUCUAACCAGUUAGAAACAUUCAUAACUCUUACUGUGUUGUAAGAAAAUGAGUGUUGGAAAUACAAAAUGACAUAUAUAUUCACAGAUAUAAUAUAUACCUUUUAGGUUAUAGAGAGACGGAGGUUAGAUAGAUCUAGAAAGAGCAGAGCUCUUUGAUUUCCUUUAAAGAAAAAUAAAAUACAUGUAAGAUUAGGUAUCAUUUUGUGGAAGGUUUUUAUAAUGGUAAUCUAUACCAUUAUACAGGUGAAAUAGAAUAUUUGAUAAUAUAUUUUCAUAAAGAAACACUACGGUGUAUUUUGUAAAAAAUAUUUUCCGGAGAAAUAAUGUUAAUUGAUGAUCUUGUGUGAUAUCAUAUCAAAAUACGAUAAUAUAGCAAAUACAAAUUUAUGUAAUUUUGAACCGUAUCGCCGCUGUGUACAGCAUAUCGUAACCAUGAUUUUUGUCUUUGAAAGUUUAGAUUGGAGUUUAGAUUUUCUACAUUAUCUUAUAAUCUGAAAUCACAUUUUUAAAAAUAAAUAUUUACGGUUCCUUUCAAAGUUGGCUGUACCAGAAGAUAAUAUUUUUUAAAAAAUAGAACGUCGUGUUACCGUAACUGAAAUAUUUCUCGUACGAAUUAAUUUCACCACGGCGUGUCUCGUGCUAUUUUUAGCCAUUACAACAAGCAUUGCAUCACGAGUGGACAUCAAAGUUACAUAUAAAUACAUGUGUCGAAGUAGAUCUACCUAGGUUUUAUAAAGGUUUGCUUGACAACCUUGGAUACUUGCUCCCGACAACGCCCACUUAACCAAUAUGGCGGGAAAUACAAACCAUAGUAAUUUGUCUUUCCAAACAACAGAAAUUAGCAACUUGAAAGCUGAAUUUGACGGAUCCUGUAGGAUUAUUAAAGAUCUAGGAGAAUACACGCAUGUCGUUACUUUGCAACCCAGCGGGCAAGACAUUGUUUACAAGUUUCAAAUGACAGGUAGCUAUCCUCAAACAAAACCAAAUAUCAUUAUUCGCUGUCCAGUCUUAACGACAGAUGAAUUGACAGAACUUGAAAAGGCAAUGGAUAUUGACAUUCUCGGAACACCCAUGAUCCAGGCAAUGCUGCUAAAGGCAGAACAAUAUAUAGAUAGAAAUGAACUGGAUAUUAAUAGCAAACGAAAAACAGGAAACGGAAAACAUGAAAACACAGGCCGCAAAAAUAAAGAACGACGACGAAAGCGGAAGGAGAAACAGGAAGAAGAGGAAGUUAAAGAUGAGAAAAAAGCAUCCAUGAAGACAGCAGAAGAUGUUAUAAAGCGCAUCCAAUGGGACUCGAACCUUCCCCAGGACGAAUUUGUUGUUGGGUAUAUCGAUCGGUUCUUAGGAAUUCAAGAAAAAUACUUCACCUCCUUCAGUUGGGAAGACAUCGCUAGUGUAGACUACAGCGUCUUAGCCGUGCCAAAGCACAGGAUUGAGUAUUUCAAGUAUAAAGAUGUAAAAGUUUGGGAUAAGCCUCGCAGAAUUGACAACGUGUUUGGUUCCACAGGUAGCAAAACCACAAUAUAUGACGUCAUAGCCAAUUACGAAAAAUGUCAAGACGACACAUUGGAUAAAUCCAAUACCAACGGAGAAGAUGCAAGAUACGAUGACAACUCGGACGAGGACAGCGAUGACGGUAUAACGGUCACGGUUGGUGGUGGGGCAAUGGGCUUUCAAUGUGACGAUGAGUCAGAUGAUGAAAUGAAAUCCUCUGGAUUCGAAGAGGAUAUAUGCGACGAUGGCUUUGAUAGGUAUUGGAGAAACAAAUUACGACCAAAUUAUUUCUUGGCAUUUCGGGUACAGAAUCCGGAUGUAGUGCAAACGACGGAAGGCAUUCAAGACAUUAUCAUGGAUCACGAGCCUCAUUUUGAAAGUUGUUGCAUUCCUCUCCAUUGCCUCCACGUGACUUUGUGCACACUUGGGUUAGACACACCCGAACAAGUCGCUCAUUGUGUGGAGGUUCUAAGCCGACUCAAACCUGAGCUGAUUUCAAUGGCACCUAAAGAUAAACCUCUAGUAUUUAAAGGCCUUGAUCAGUUUUUUAACCGUGCACUGUAUGCGAAAGUGAAGUGUUCUGAUGAAAUGUUUGAAUUUGUGGAUCACCUAAAACUCUGUCUGAAAAACGAAGGCAUUGAGAUCAGAGACAAUCACGAUUUCGUUCCACAUAUGACAAUUGUGAAGGUUACCCGCCCUGUGGGACAUUCAACGGGUAAAAAAUACAUUCCCCCUUGGGUCUACUCUCAUAAAGGUGAAGUGGACUUCGGGGAGGAAGUUUUCAACAAUAUUCAUCUCUGUCAUAUGUCACAUGAACGACGUGAAGAUGGGUUUUACGCCACACCAACUAGUCUUUCCUUCUAAUCACUGCAGUGAUAAGGACAGCAGGCUUCUUAGAUUACAAUGAUGAAUAUUUCCAACUACUGUAUUGUGAUAUUUUGAUAUUUAAAAAAAUAUGUUCUGUAAUUGUUACUAAUGAUUAUUUUUGGAAAAAAUAAAUGAAGUUUGGAA